CUAGUGCUCUUGUUAGACACUGGGUCGACUGCAGCCGUCAGACGCACUGCAGCCCAACAACUGGGCGAAAUUCAAAAACAGCAUCCAGGAGAACUAUAUAAUCUAUUGUCUAGGGUUGUGGUUCAUCUCCGGAGUAAAGCAUGGGAUACUCGAUGGGCAGCAGGUCUGGCUUUAGAAGCAAUUGCUGCUAAUGUCCCUGUCUGGGACCCCAAGGAAUCCGCCGAAGGAUGCGACGAAACACUGGAAGACACUCACAAACUAAGCUUUCAUCAAUUCGAUCUUGCAUCAGUCCUCACCCAUGGAAAAUUACUCUUGGGCUCGGCUGGAAAAGAAUACGACAUUGACUUUUCAGACAUGACACCACAAGAACGACUAGAAUUACAACGACGCAAUCUUAGAGAACGUUUGGGUUUAGGCAGUCAAUUUAUGGAUGUUGAUCUGGUUGACGAUUGCGACCUUGAGACGCGCAUAAAACCAAAGGUCACCCAGAAAAAACCAACCGGAAGCCCAACUCCUUCUCCUUCUUCGUCUUCGUCUUCACUUUCUUCGGCACCAAUCACUCCUGCGGCAGCCGAAGUUAAUAUGGCUGGGCUUUCAGCACGCGAACGUAAUAUGCUUAAGCGCAAAAUGAAACAAGAUGCAAAACUUAAUAAGAGCAAAGACAAAGUACGCGUCUUGGAUCUUAAAGGCAAAUCAGAGUUUGCUGUCCCAAAACCAGUCAAAGUAGAAGAGAAAGAAGGUAAUUAUAAUAAAUCGUUACACCUCCUUCUUCUUUCUUCACAUUUGGUUGCUUCUAAUAAAUUUGUUGUGGAAACAAAGAAGCCAGCACACUCGCAUGAAACAUUGGCAGAAAGACCUUCAUCAGAAUGGCCUUUUAAGAUGGUUUGUGAACAUUUGUGCAUGGAUCUUUUUGAUCCCGCAUGGGAGAUCCGUCACGGUGCAGGUAUCGGUAUCAGAAGUAUUGUAAAGGCCCAUGGAGGAGGCGCUGGAAAAAUAGAGGGAUUCUCUGUCCAGAAGAACGAAGAAUUACACAAUGCAUGGCUUGAGGAUGUGGCCAUCAGACUUUUGUGUGUAUUUGCUCUGGAUCGAUUUGCCGAUUUUGUUUCCGAUCAAGUCGUCUGUCCCGUACGAGAAACAUGCUCUCAGACCCUUGGUGUUGUUCUUCAAUCAAUGCGACCAGAAUCAGUUGCAAAAGUACACGCGACACUCUUACAACUCAUUACGCAAGACGGCCCGGCAUUUCACGAAAGAUCUAUCUGGGAAGUCCGCCACGCUGGUUUGUUGGGUCUCAAAUAUGCUGUUGCUGUACGAAAAGAUCUGGUAGAGAUGUUGGUAGAAGGUACAACAGGAGCGGUCAUUCUUGGUCUUCGGGAUCACGACGAUGACGUUCGCGCCGUAAGUGCAGCUACGCUACUGCCAAUCACUGCCGAAUUUGUACGCAUGAGUACAGAAGAUAGAGUUAGCAAUGUGAUCACAACAUUGUGGGAUUGUCUGAUAGACCUCAAAGACGAUUUGACAGCCUCCACUGGCGCGGUAAUGGAUUUGAUUGCCAAGAUGUUUGAACAACCCGGCGUCAUGGAGAUCGUCCGUAGAAAAUGUUCAUUGGGCGAUCUUGUCCCACGCUUACAUCCUUUUUUUCGACACACCAUCACAGGCGUACGGCUUGCGGUAUUAAAUACUCUAUUGACGUUCUUAGAAUGCGGUACAUCAUCAGAGUGGGUUGAUGAGCGGGUGUAUCGCCUUGUUUUCCAGAACUUGGUAGUAGAAGAGAAACCAGAAGUAUUGAAGAAAACUCUUGACGUCUGGAGAGGAUUGACAAUUGGUGGUCACGUAGAACAACAAUUGGUUCUCCAAGGCACAGGUAACUGGCUCGGAAGCUGGUUUGAGAUCGCAAUGACGCCCGUCGGGCAGCCUUUGGAUGUCGCCACCCACUUUUACAAGCCUCCAGGAGCAUUUGGAUUAGGUGGUUUGUCCAAGGCAGACAAAUCUAAGAAGACAAAUGUAACGUCUAAAAAAGGAAUCAAGACCAGUGAUACAGGACCCAAUAUGUUGCUAGGUGGAGAUGAUGAUGAUUCUGGCCACAAUUUAGAUGCAGGCAUGAUUUCUCAGGAUCUCUCGCUUAUCACAACAGAACAAGUGAUGCGAUGUCGAAUUGCCUGCACGACAGCACUUGGUAUGGCCAUGAGUACCUGGCCAGACGAGUCAAUGGAACUGUCUUACCAAGAGGUACUAUUGACUCUUCUCACAUCCCAGUGGGCAUUGAAACGUCAAUUGGGUGCUAUGGCUAUUGAAGAAUGGGCCAAGGCUGUACUCAAAACACGCUACCAGGCUGACUGCAUCACUAUGAUCAACAACAUUCAAAACGCGGCUUCACACACAACAGGAUUCUAUUUCGAGCUCGUUCACCAGCUCAAACGUAUUCGCAGCGAAUGUCAAUCACUUUUGAACACGUUUGUAGAAGCUCAAUUACCGGCCAAAAUUAUCCCCAUUUUGCCAACCUAUGUGUUGGGUGAAGCUUCGCCAGAACAUGAAACCUUGUUUGGCAUCGAGACAGCAAGCUGGGUAGCCGGCGAAGCAUUCAAUGUUCUUCUUGAGCGCCUCCCAAAGAACAAAAACAGAUCAGCCACAGUAACAUCUUUACAAGAACGGCAGAGACGCGUUGUAGCAGCCUUGGGCUACUAUGAAGAGCUGAAACAGAAAGUAGAGAUUAAUGUUUAUGCAAGUACAGCAGGUGCAAUUGUUGAGUUAGGUGUUCUGCCUUCUACUUUGAGCUCACUAGUCCGCAGUGUAAUGAACAGUAUCAAGGCAAGUGCUUUUUGCUAUACAGAAAAUGCCGAGCUACAGCAAAGAUCUGCUGCAACUUUGGCAGAUCUUGUUGCUCUGUGUGCUCGUACUGUAGGACGAUCAAAUCCUAAUGAAAAGGUGGUUAAGAAUCUCUGUGCAUUCUUGUGCUCUGAUACAACCAAGACGCCUGUUCUAGAAGACAACCAGACAACAUUGGGUAUUCUUUCAAUCCACAAAGAGGAAGUAACAAAGCCUCUUGCAAAUGCAAAGGAAAUCACACUGACUCCAGAACAAAAGGAGGCUCAGCUCAUGAAACGUGGCGCAGAAACAGCAUUGAAGGAAUUGUGUGAUCAGUUUGGUCGGCAUGUAUUUGAGAUAGUUCCCAAAUUAUGGGAGUGCAUGUCACUCAAAUUGAAAGAAGUAUUCCAAGGGAGAUCAGGAGUUUCAGAAGCAGAUGCUCUCAUCGCACGCGAUCUUCAGCUAGGACAAGAGGUGAUUGAUGCUCUCACCAUUGUCAAUACUGUUGUUCCUUGUCUUUCUCAAGACUUACGCGAUCAGAUGGUCAGCAUUGUCCCUGAUAUUUGUACGGCAUUGAUGUCACGAUAUGCAGUAAUUCGUCAAGUCAGUGCACGAUGCUUAGCAACAGUUGCUGAUGUUUUGACAACGGAAACAAUGCAAAUUAUUAUCGAGCGCGUUUUACCAGAGCUUGGUAAUCAAAUGCAUGUACACCAUCGACAAGGUGCAUCUGAACUUGUUUAUCAUUUGGUCCAAAUGCUUGAUACAAAGAUUCUGCCUUACACUAUAUUCUUAAUUGUUCCUAUCCUUGGCUGCAUGAGUGACGCAGAUGACUCUGUGCGUUUGAUAUGCACAAAUUGUUUUGCUUUGCUGAUUAAGCUUGUGCCUUUGGAAGCUGGUAUCCCUGAUCCACCAGGAAUGUCUGCCGAACUACUCUCCCAUCGUGAUGAAGAACGUCGGUUCUUGGCUCAGCUUCUUGACAGCUCUAAAGUUGAGAACUUUGAGAUUCCUGUUAAAAUUAAAGCCGAGCUUCGAAAGUACCAACAAGAGGGUGUUAACUGGCUUGCAUUUCUCAACAAGUUUCAUCUUCAUGGAAUUUUGUGUGACGAUAUGGGUUUGGGUAAAACAUUACAGUCGAUUUGUAUUCUUUCAAGUGAUCACUACUUACGAGCAAAGCGCUAUGCCGCUACAAAGGCACCUGAUUCUAUUGUCUGUCCUUCGCUUGUAAUUUGUCCGCCCACACUGACUGGGCACUGGUAUCAUGAAGUGCUUAAUUACACAGAUCAUUUAAAACCACUUUUGUACACUGGUGGUCCUGCUGAACGCAAACGGUUACGCUCGACUCUCCAUAAUUACGAUGUUAUUAUCAUGUCGUACGAUAUUAUUCGUAACGAUAUCGAUGAUCUAUCCAACGUACAAUGGAAUUACUGUAUUCUUGAUGAAGGUCAUAUCAUUAAGAACGGAAAGACAAAGAUCACAAGAGCAAUCAAGACAAUUAAGUCAAAUCAUCGUCUUAUCUUGUCCGGUACACCUAUUCAGAACAAUGUUUUGGAAUUGUGGUCCUUAUUCGAUUUCCUUAUGCCCGGUUUUUUGGGGACCGAAAAGAUAUUUAAUGAAAGGUUUGGAAAGCCUAUAUUGGCAAGUCGAGACAGCAAGAGUUCGUCUAAAGACCAGGAAGCAGGUGCGCUGGCGCUUGAAGCUUUGCAUAAACAGGUCUUGCCGUUCCUUUUGCGUCGUCUUAAGGAAGACGUUCUGCAUGAUCUUCCACCAAAGAUUAUUCAAGAUUAUUACUGCGAACUAAGUGAUCUUCAGAAAAAUUUGUACGAAGAGUUUGCAAAAUCACAGACAAAGAAUGAAGUUGAACAGGACUUAGAGUCAGAUGGCACAAAGUCAAAUAGCGAAGGAAAGACAGCUACUCAUAUCUUCCAAGCCCUUCAAUACUUGAGAAAGCUAUGCAAUCAUCCACUUCUGGUGGUAAAUGACAAGCAUCCAAGCUAUGAUCGGGUUCAGAAACAGUUGACGCGAACAAAUACCUCAUUACAUGAUAUUCAAAACGCACCAAAACUACUUGCAUUAAGGCAAUUGUUGGGAGAGUGCGGUAUUGGCGCAACUACAACAGAAUCCGAGUCGGAUCCUGCGGCUAUGGCAAUUGGUGCUGUUAGUCAGCAUCGUGCAUUAAUUUUCUGCCAGCUCAAAACGAUGUUGGAUAUUAUUGAAAAUGACUUGUUCAGAAGAUUAAUGCCUACAGUGAGUUACCUCCGUUUGGAUGGUUCUGUGGAUGCCAGCAAACGCCAUGAACUUGUACAAAAAUUCAAUGCCGAUCCUUCUAUUGAUGUCUUAUUACUCACCACUCAUGUUGGUGGCUUGGGACUGAACUUGACCGGAGCAGAUACUGUAAUAUUUGUGGAGCAUGACUGGAAUCCUAUGAAAGAUCUUCAAGCAAUGGACAGAGCACAUCGUAUCGGACAGAAAAAGGUUGUGAAUGUGUAUCGCUUGAUUACACGCGGCACACUUGAGGAAAAGAUCAUGGGCCUGCAGAAGUUCAAGCUUAAUAUUGCCAACUCUGUAGUGAAUCAGCAGAAUUCUGGACUUCAGAGUAUGGACACAGAUCAAAUCCUUGAUCUCUUCAGCGUCAGUACAGAGGCUGCUGAAUCGAGGAAAAAGAAGAAGAAGGCGGAUGAGGCUGCGGCGGCGGGUGUAGAUGGUAUGGGCAAGGCCAAGGCUGUACUUGAGAACCUGGAGAACCUUUGGGAUGACAAGGACUAUGAAGAAGAGUACAACAUUGAUAGUUUCAUAAGUGGUUUAAAUUGA